UCAUAUCGUCUUCCUGCUUGAAAAUUAUCUGACUGAUUGAUUGUUUCAAGAACAUGGGAUUCAGAUACUUCAAUGGAAAUCUCGUAAGAUUUUACAAAUUAUCCACAAGAUCUAUCCCAUCAUCACCCGCCCACAAGAAAUUGUUCUACCCUUUGAUUCCUUGCUUGUACGAUCGUUCAUCCUUCGCCUACCCUGAAAACCCUAGUUUCWAUAUUCCUAAGAGGUGGCACGGCGGUCAUUCUCACCACCACCACGAUCAAACUAGUCAAGAGGGCGAAMGAAUUUUCAGGCUUGGCCUGGCCGCUGAUAUCGGGUUAACUGCCGGCAAGGCAUUGACCGGUUAUUUAUCUGGUAGCACCGCCAUCAUCGCCGAUGCUGCUCAUUCUCUCUCCGAUGUGGUCCUUAGUGGAGUCGCUUUGCUAUCAUUUAGAGCUUCAAGAGUUCCUAAAGACAAAGAACACCCAUAUGGGCAUGGGAAGUUCGAGACAUUAGGCGCACUUGGCAUUUCUGGUGUACUUYUGGUCACAGCUGGAGGUAUUGCAUGGCAUGCUUUGGAUGUUUUGGUGGGGGUACUGUCAGCAGCUUCUGAGGCAGCUAAUCAGUCAUUGCCACAUCAAAAUGUUCACAGCCACAGCCAUGUUGGCGGCGGGCAUUAUCAUGGGAUUGACAUGAGUCACCCUGUCCUAGCUUUGAAUAUGACUAUAGUCGCAAUUGCUGUUAAAGAAGGGUUAUAUUGGAUAACAAAGAGGGCAGGAGAAAAGGCUGGUAGUGGAUUGAUGAAAGCAAAUGCAUGGCAUCAUCGUGCAGACGCUAUCUCGUCACUAGUUGCCCUUAUAGGGGUUGGUGGAUCUAUUCUUGGGGUGAGGUUUCUAGAUCCCCUGGCUGGACUUGUUGUCUCAGGCAUGAUCCUAAAGGCUGGAGUGCAAACUGGUUACCAAAGUGUUUUGGAACUGGUGGAUGCAGCAAUACCGUCACAUCAUUUGGACCCAAUCAGAAAGACGGUGCUACAAACCAAAGGAGUCGAGGGUUGCAGACACCUUAGGGGAAGGAGGGCUGGUUCAUCUUUAUACCUUGAUGUUAAGAUUGAGGUUGAUCCCUUCUGUAGUGUCAGCACUGCACAUGAAAUUGGUGAAACUCUUCGUUACCAGAUUCAAAAUUCCCACCCUGAAGUUUCUGAAGUCUUCAUACACUUGGAACCUGCCAAUAAACAUUUUAAACCUGCUAUGGUUGCACAGAAAGUAUGUGCAGAMGAACCUUAUGCCUCUAACAAUACAUUCCAGGUUGAWGAUAAUGGGAUUGAAGAAAUGGUUGCUAAUAUGCUGACUUCAAAGUUCUCUGAGAAAAUGGAUGUGCAGCAUGUAAGAAAGCGCAUGUUGCAAGGCAAAGUUUUGGUGGAAGUCGAGGUCUCCAUGCCACCUGAUGGCUUGAUUAGUGAUGCGAUGGAAGUGGCAGAGGAAGCCAGGAAACAUAUAUUGCAGGCCACCUCCAACUCUAUACAGGUUAGCAGCUUUCAGCUGAAACUUGGGGGUUUCUACUCGAGUUAACCAUGAAACCAUAAAAGCAAACUGAAAACAAACAGUUGUGGUUUAUGAGAAAAAUUGGGAAGAGGCAAUAAUUCUGCAAUA